CUCACUAUUUUUCAUAUUUCUUGUUGCCAAAAUCCUUUAUGUUCGCAAAGAAAUUAUUUAAUAAAUUAUCUGAAUAUUUCCGUUUUCCUUUGAGUUUCAAAUUUUAUUUGCUUUUAAUCUACAUAUUUAAAGCUUUUUGAUAUUUUUUAUUUUCACCUUGAAGUGACCAGACGGACGUUGAAAAGCAGUUAAAACUAUGGAUGAUAAUAAUUCCAGCGAUGACGAAUUUAGAGAAUCUCCUGCAAGUCCCAAAUCAGGUGGUAAAAAGCUUAAACUUAACGACGGAAGCUCUCAGGACAGUUUCAAGGAGACUGUUUCGAACAGCAAAGAUGAAAAUAUUGAUAGUGGAGUGUCAGCAGAUAAGUCAGAGAGCACCAGCAGUGAAGGUCACAGCGCUGGAACAUCAGAAGGGCCGUCUAACGAGCUGGUAAAUGCAGCCCCUUCGACCAGUAAUAUUCAUACGAUACUUCUGAACAUACGACGUCCAAAACGCAAUAGAAAUUACCGAAAAAGGAAGACGCCUGAGCGUGAUACUGAUAGUAAUGAUACUUCUCAAGAUUCUGAUGAUCUAUCCAGUGAAGACACUCCACAGCCAGCGAGACAGAAUGAGAAUAGUAAUUCAGAAACAGAGAGCGAUGAUCAGCCAAGAUAUAUGGAUUUGUGUGCAACAGAAUCUGAUAGUUCAAAUAGUGGUUCACAAAACUCACCAGACAGUCACACGUUUGAAGAUUCAGAUGAAAUGAUACAACUAAACUCUGGAGACACAGACAGCGAUGAAGAUGUGCCAUGGAGUAGAUUGAAUGAUGAUAAUGAUGAAAAUGAAGAAUCAGAAGAAAAUAGACAAAAAACACCAAGUGUACUUUUAAAAGCAAAACCAGAGCACAAUUAUGUGAUUUUGCAAGAAAUCAUAAAACGCGAGAUGGGAAUAACAUUUCCCUGCGGUAAAACGACGAAGACAGAUGUGAUAUUUGAACAGAAUUUCUAUGGAUCACUUCAUGCUGUAUACAGACUGGAGAAAUUGCAUCAGCUACAAAAACACAGGGGCUGUGUUAAUUCGAUAAAUUUUCACCCCGAAGGUCGGCUUUUAGCCUCCGGUUCUGAUGACACAAACGUCGUGAUAUGGGAUUGGGCCAGGAAGAAAGUGAUUCAAACUAUAAAAACGGGUCACAAGUCAAAUGUUUUCCAGAGCAAGUUUCUGCAUUUGAAUUCUAGGAGUCAGCUAAACAUAGUCACGUGUGCUCGAGAUGGCCAGGUCCGGCUGGUGCAGUGUCCGUCGAGCGGCGGCGGCGCGACCCGGCGGCGCCUCAUGGGGCACUCCCGCGCCGCGCACAAGCUGCACGUGAGCGGCGCCGAGCCGCACCGCGUGCUGUCCGCCGGCGAGGACGGGCUCGUGCUGCACUGCGACCUGCGCCACGACAACGUCAACAGACUGGUGUCGGUGAAGGAGUGCGGGCGCGCGGUGCCGCUGUACAGCGUGGACGCGCACCCGCUGGAGCCGCGCGUGCUGCUGCUGGCGGGCCGGGACCGCUUCGUGCGCGCCUACGACACGCGCCGCGCCGCCUCCCCCCUCGCGCUCUACUGCCCCGCCGCCUUCACCAGCCGCAACGGCAGCGACUCGAAGCGCGCGAAGCUGUCGAUGAUGCACCUGACGUGCGCGGUGUAUAACCACGACGGCAGCGAGAUCCUGGGCACCUACAACGACGACGAUGUCUACCUCUUUGAUGCCAAAAACGACGUAUACGACAAGGACAGCACGAGCGCGUCGGAGGGCUACUCGAAGCGCUACAGCGGGCACCGCAACAGCGCCACGUACAAGGGCGUGUCGUUCUUCGGGCCCGGCAGCGAGUACGUGGUGUCGGGCUCGGACUGCGCGCACAUCUACGUGUGGGACAAGAGCUCCGAGGCCAUCGUGCAGUGGCUGCACGGCGACGCCAACGGAGUGGUGAACUGCAUAGAGCCUCAUCCCCGUUUCCCCGUGCUGGCGACCAGCGGCCUCGACAAGGACGUCAAGAUAUGGGCCCCCUACGCUCGCGCAGACCCCAAGUACGAAGGACUAGAAAAGGUUGUGCGUGAAAAUAGCGAGUCCCGCCGAAGGAGUCCGCUGUUCAACGACUUCCUGCCGACCGUGUACAACGCGUGGCGCAGCGAGAACCAGAUGUACGCGGACGGCGACAUGUCCUCCCCGUACGGGGGGAACAUCGAGUUCGACGGAAACGUCUGCACCGCCUUCUAGGGACCUCCCCCCUGUGCGUGCUGUCUGUGGACCUGUGCCCGGGAAGCUCUGCUGAAAACCACGCAUCAUGAUCACUUCGGGAUGGUUUGUGGGCGAAACGAAAACUUAAGUUUAUUGGAUGCUGCGCCGACAUGAUGGCGUAUAUGAACCCGUCUAGAGACACGGCUUUUGUAUGUAAUACUAUAAUUUGAAUAUACGAGAAAACGAUUCCUAACUUAUUGCCUCCACGUUAAUCAGCUGACGCGCAGGGUCGAUGACCCCGUACACGUGCGAUGCGGUUCAGUGCCUACGCCACAGAAUAUUAUUAACUUGCAAGUAUUUUUGCGUAGGUUAGCAAAAUAAUUUAAUUGUGUUUAUAGUUAAAAUGGUUUUUAAUGGAAUAAAGGAUAGUUGUAGUCUGUGCUAGACUCUUAUAAAUACAGAGGAUAAGCUAUUUGGCUUUCAUUGAACCUUCACAUUUAUAGGGUAGUCUGUGAUAGACAAUCACUAAUAAUUUGAUAGAGGGCAGAGUACGGAUAGAAGUUUAGCUUUCCUAAAUACUGUUAGAUUAUUUAGUUAAUUGCUUUUAUGUAUAUUUUAUUAGAUAUCGGAAGUUUCGGGAUCACUUGAAUAGAAACGGCUAGAACUGUCCUUAGAGUAUCUCUGCUAGAUCUAAUCAGGGAUCAUGAGAGUCGUAGGAGAACAUCACCGACAUAGACCCCAGGGUAGGGAGUUAAAGUGGCCGUGUGGGAGGAUCAGUUGGUCCCUGAAACCAAACAGUCUUGAGCGCCCCCCGGGGCACGCAAGUCUGUCGUUGUGGCCCUUUUAGGAGAUCUAUGUCCAGCAGUGAACAUGUGUGGGCUGAUGAUAAAGCAGAUGUUCAGCGGAAUGUAGAUAAAACUUUAAAACAUUCAGGAAAUUUGAUUUGAUUAAACACUCUUUAGGGACAUUUUUUUUUUUUCAAAGUGAGUUGUUUUUCUCUUCCCUCCUACUACUCUAUAGGUUUCCUCAGAAUACUAUGUGCUGUAAGAGAACGUGACCGGUAGAUCGGAAGUACCUCUGUCCACGGAAACAGAAUAGUCAAUGCAAAGAAUGGUUUCGUUUUUAAAAUGCAUCACAAACAACAUUCUCUACUGUUGAUUUACCACGACGUGAACAUAAAUUUGCAUUGAAGUAGCGGUUCUCGGAGUGCCUCUGCCUUGUAUAUGUAGCAGCGAAAGUGUUCACGAGUGCUCACGGUGACCAACAAUAUCGCCUGUUCUGCUGUCAGUCUGUCUGUCUAUUUGGUUGAAGCGACAUUUUUUGUAACUUAACAGGAGAGCCAUUUAUGGUAAAGAAUUUGGAAAAAAAGUCUUAACAAAAAACUUGUUCA